AUGGCUGCUGACACCUGUUGGAAUGUACAAUUCUUAUGUGAUAGAUAUUUGGAAGUAUCAAUGUACGACAAGAAACUGUUUGAUGGCAAACAGGUUUUCAGGACAGUUAAAGUUUCCGAUGACCUCACUUGGGAAGCUACCUAUGCUGGAUGUAAAACAAAUUGUUCUUCCUUGAUAGCACCCUUGCCAAAUGAGAUUGGAUCCUUGUCAGAGUUUCUUAAAAUUCUUCAAGUAGUUGAAGUCUGGAAGACAUGUACAGGAGCAACUAACCCAGCAUUUUCAGUUUUGAAAAGUAUUGUACACAAUGUGUGUGGAGAACAAAUUGGCGCUGUCCAACAGGUAGUACAUUUGGAUGAACAUGGAAAUGAACAACAGUUUUCUAACUGGCGGUCUGUUUCUUGUUCGUAUUUCAUGGAAACUACCACAACAUCAAGUGCACUAUGUCAUAGCUGUAAUAUCCUCAGACGAAAUCUAAGUGUUCAACUGGUUCGUUUUAACAAUAACUUGCAUGAUGAGUGUGAUAAAUUGGUUGAACCAAGCACAAGCAGAACCAACAAACGAUUUCUUUCUGAGGAGGAAAUGUCUGCUAAGGAGUGUGAUCAGAAGAGGCGAAGGAUAGCUGCUGAGAAAAGGGCCAGAUAUUGGAGAUUCAAGGCUGCAGAAGAAAAGAAAAUGAAACAUCUGGCCAGCGAGGAUGACUGCGACCUUACAACAAUGUUUGGAGAACUUGAUAAGCCAGAAAAGGAGUUAUUCCCUGAUGAUCCCAGACUGUCGCUAUUCUGGGAAAUGCAAAGAGAUGUUAUAUCAAAGAAAGCAAAACAAGGUUCCAUUAGGUGGCAUCCUGCGUAAGUAAUGUCUCAAGAUUGUGAGAAGUAAAUUACAUAAUAAUAAUCUUAGCCUAGCCUUAGCAUAAUCCUAGAGCAUUAGAGGUUAAAAAUAGUAAGUAUAAAAAAAUGUUCUUAAUAUAUACAGCUAUUUCAAUUAAGGUUGUCAGUGACAAGAGUCAAAUGUACAACAUGAGUGCCAAGGAACGAUGGGAAUAUUGUCUUUAGCAUGUUUAUGCAUAAUAAACAAGUAAAGACAAUGAUAUUCCCAUCAUUCAUUCACGCUUGUGUUGUACAUUUGACCAUUGUCGCUGACCACCUGAACUGAAAUAGCUGCAUAUAUAAUAUAUAUAUAUAUAUAUAUAUAUAUAUAUAUAUAUAUAUAUAUAUAUAUAUAUAUAUAUAUAUAUAUAUAUAUAUAUAUAUAUAUAUAUAUAUAAUAUAUAAUAUAUAUAUAUAUAUAUAUAUAUAUAUAUAUAUAUAUAUAUAUAUAUAUAUAUAUAUAUAUUAUUAUUAUUAUUAUUAUUCUUUAAUAUAGUGUCAUCAAGACAUGUUUAGCUUUAUGGCACAGAUCGAAGCAAAGCUAUGAAAUAUUGCAGGAAUCAGGAUUCAUAAAGUUACCUUCUUCACGAAUACUCCAGUAUCACAAAGGCAAAAUUAAACAGGUAACUAUACCAAGCUGCCAAUAUAUUCACACUAGCCAUAUCUACUGAUUAAAGUUGUUUUUUUGCUUUGCAUAUUUACUAUUUAUUAUCAAAAACUCAGACGAACAAACUAAAGUUUAAUCUCAGACAUUCCUAACAUACCACAGUCAGUUGCUGAAGGAAUGCGAAAAAUUAUUUAUAAUUAACACCAAAAAUUAAACCCCACUAAAACUCAGACAAACAUCAAAACUGACGACAACUGCACAGAGCCUCCUUAAUAUAUUAUUUUGUUAUAUAUUAAUUUUGUAUUUUAUUAUUUAGAAACCAGGCAGAAACAUAGACAUGUUGAGAUACAUGAAGCAGCAAGCUGAGAUCCAGAAUAUAUCUCCAGCAGGUCAUUGUGGUUACAUCACAUUUGAUGAAAUGUCUGUUCAGGUGAUUUUAUGCAAAAUAUUGUUCUAUAAUUAUACUAGCCAGAUGUAAAGGAAAUUUAUCACAUGAUAAAUACAUAUUAAAGGGUAUUGGCAAUAAAAAAUGUUAUUGCUUUAUCUGAAAGUGCAUGAAAAAAUAAGCCGAUUGGCCGUUUACUGCUCUAUUCUAUCUCAUCUGGUUCCGAAGUUAUACACAAAAAUGUGCAAAAUAUAAAUUGCUGAUUCAGCACAACCUGUGACGUCAUUGGUUGGGUAAGUAUGUUUAUUGAAUAGUAAACUGAAGCAUAGCUCAGUUAUUAUUGGCUCAAAUCAAAUGAAAUUUUGCAUACAGAUAGCACAUGAUGAGAUGCAUGGGAAAAUACUUCUAAUUUUGUUGUCAAGGCAACACAGUCGUUCCCAGACCCCUUAUUUUGAAUAACUAGUUGCAUUUACCUAUGUGUAUGUCCCCUUACACUGAUUUUGAAUAACUAGUUGCAUUUACCUAUGUGUAUGUCAUUUUUGAAUUAUUAUCAUGUAAGUAAACUUUUGGCAUGCAUAGGUAUGCAGGGAUGGAUCCAGCAUGAUCUGAUAGGGGGGGGUGCAAAUUUUUUUAGGGAGCCCUAUUUAAAAAAUUUUUCCCGAAAAAAAAUUUUUCCGGAGAGCAAUGACCCGCCCCCCCCCGUCGACAACUUUUUAGGCAAAAAAAUUUUCCGGACGAGUACAUUGCAAUUGGUUUCCAGUGACUUUACCCGUCUAGCAACCUGUUCCACUUCUGCAAAGUCUUGCUUGACUACAGUAUUUAAAUUGUAAUUGUUGUUCACAGUUCGCUUUAAUAUCAUCAUGUUAUUGCUCAAAUUACUGAAUCUCAUUUUGUCUCUAAUAAUUUUUUGCUUUAUCAUGAAAAAUAGCACCCCCCUGCACCCCCCUGGCCAUGGCUAGGGGGGGGGGGUGCGCACCCCCCAGUAAAUCCAUCCCUGUAGGUAUGGUACACAUACUUCUGAUAUUAUUUUAUAAGUACCAUGUAUAAAGCCGUUUUAUAAAAUUGGCGCAAGGGGGCCUGGGAACGACAUUGUUACCUUGGCAACAAAAUUAGAAAUGUUUUUCAAUGCAUCUCAACAUGUACAAUCAGUAUGCAAAAUUUCAUUUAAUUUGGGCCCAUACUAACUGAGCUAUGCUUCAGUUUAGUUUUCAUUAAACAUACUUACCCAACCAAUGACGUCACACGUUGUGCUGAAUCAGCAAUUUAUAGUUUGCACAUUAUUGCGUAUAACUUCGGAACUAGAUGAGAUAGAAUAGAGCAUUAAAUGGCCAAUCGGCUUAUUUUUUCAUGCUCUUUCAGUUGAAGCAAUACAAUUUUUUGUUGCCAAUGUCCUUUAAGUUGAAAGUUAUAUUAAUUUUGUGAAUAAGACUGUGCAUCACACCCUCAUAUUUAUUUUGUAUUAUAUACAGGAUGAUGUUCAGCUACGAAGGAAGGGUGAAUCAUUUGAAAUUGUGGGUGUAGUAAACCUUGGAGAUCUUCAUGAAGAUAUGAAAGUAUUGGAAACAGGUAAAUACAAUUAGCUUCAGCCUGCUUAAUGAUAGAUAAAAAAUACUUUUGUCUGGAAGUUUGUUUAUAUACUGUAUAUGAUCUUUUCAAUAUUGCAGGUAAAGAUGAAGCAGCUAUAGCGACUCACCUUCUCCAGUUCAUGUUUAUUGGUUCUACAGGCUUCAAAUUUCCAAUUUGCUAUUUCCCAACAAUUGAAGUUGAUCCCACCACACUAUACCAUCAGUUCUGGAGUGCGGUCUUCGAUUUGGGAGAAUUUGGGUUCAAGGUUUUGCUUGCCAUUUGUGACGGUGCUCAAGCAAAUCGCACCUUUAUUCAAUGCCAUUUCAACGAAGAAGAUGCAGUUGCACAAGACUUCGCCACAACCAAUAUCUACACUGGGGAACCAUUGGUUUUUAUGGUUGAUCCUUCAGUAAGUAGUCUAAUUAAUGUGAGUUUAGAUUUUACAAUAACGACUAUGAAGAGACUAUACACUAACCAAACACCUUCAGUUUGAUAGACCAUUACCCCCUUUUAUCGGGUAAUCACGUCAUUGUAUGGAAAAACAAUUUGUUGAUCAACCAAACCAUGUCUUUCUUCCACAGUGUGUAUUAAUAAAAACCACACCAUCCUUCCAGGUUUGCCAUAACCUAUUGUAGUAAUUUAGUCUGUUCUUUGUCCUGUUUUAAAAGGGUGUGUUUUUUAUUGAUACACAAUGUCUGAACUAUGCAUUAAACAAUCUUAGAAGAUUAGUAAAAGUUAGUGCAAGUUGCAAGCAGCUUAUAAUGGUUAUUAAUUUCACUUUUACAAAGGAUUGGCAGCUGACUUCAGGUAAAUGAAUAAUUUCAAAUUUCUAUUUUUAGCACAACUUCAAAAAGGUUAGGGACAAUGUGUUGAAAAGUACAAGCGGUAAAACUCCACGGCAUUUCAAACUUGAUGGCAAAGAGAUUCUCUGGGCCCAUUUGAAAAAUGCGUACUUGUAUGACGUUGAGUACAACCCAAUUCAAACAUUCAAGCACUUAACUCCCCAGCAUUUUGAUCCAGGAAGUGCUGAAAAAAUGCGCAAUUACCUCGCUGAUGAUGUCCUUGGAAAGCGAAUGGUAGAAGUUCUAAAGGUACCAGCCCACCUAUAUUUAUAAUAAUUUGUAUUAUGGGUUGACUCAUAAAUAUAGAAAUAAUACAGAACAGUUGAACGGCUUAUGGAGAAAUCUAUUUAGGGCGUGGUUUUAGGUAGUCAGCACGAUUUUGGGUAGCCAACAUGAGUAGUAUAUGUCCAUAGUCACAAUCCACCUCCACUGGCUCCAGUAAACGCAAUUAUAGCAAUAAACACGUUUUCAGCAACUCUAAGUCACUGAAGGUGUACUGUAUGUCGAGAUAUUUUCACUAUAUACAUUAUCAUUUUUAUUGAAACAUGUAUUUUUACUGCUUGGUGGAACUAUGAAGUGCAUUUGAAAAGUGAGGGAAAUUACACUGGAUCACUGGAAAAGACGAUUGAACUGAUAACAGUGACUAGCACUUUGCUAAAGAACUUCAAAAACAAGAAACCAUACAGGUAUAUAUUAAGCUAACAAUAUAUGCAGACUUGAUUAUGACUUUUAAAAUCAUGCAAACAGAUAUUUUGUACUUUUAUUUAUUAGCAUGUACUGAUGUACAUGAUAAUUAUGAUGAACGUUAUUUAACCAUGCUUACAUUGUCAGCUGAAGCUGGUUUCCACAAUGGGCUUGUAAAAUUACAGUAAAAUUACGAAAAUGUAUUAUUUAGAUGGUAUUUAGAAAUAAUGCAUGCAAAUAUGAAAAAGAGGAAUUUAAGUUAAUAUAAUACUAUUUACAACUAUAUCCAUAACAAGUUUUCAAAAAUCGAUGAUUUGCUUUCUCUAAUAUUUUGUGACAAAUACUUCCAUGCUAAUCAUGUACUCAACUGUACAUGCUAAUAAGUAUCUGUCACAAACAGUUAAUUGUUCCGAAAGUCUCCCUUCUCAUGAGUGCAACAGCAGUGAGGUUUCAAUUCCAUUUUACUUAUUCUGUUUCUGCCUUCAACGUAUGCAUAGAUCUACAGAAGAUGAACGUUUUUUGGAAAAUGAGCAAUGCCAGAUGUGGUUGGAAAGGUGGGAGACUCAGGCUAUGAACACCCCCGAUGUGACACUUAAGGAGAAACGAAAAAUGUUUCUAUCAGAUAAAACGAAAUUUGAUGUGUACUCCAUGAUCACCGGAUUCAAAGUGUACUGCAGAACGUUGUUCAAAAUGUAUCCCGGAUCAACUGUUCUAGCUUGCCACACAAACCAGGACAAGCUGGAAAACUUCUUUGGAGAACAGAGGGCGGUGAAUGGUCAAACGACCAAUCCGUCAAUUUUGCAAACAGGUAAUUGCAUAAAUGCAUUUACAGUAAAAUACAUGCUGGCAGUACAGUAAAUGCAUUUAGGCCAUGUGCUUCAUAAAACUGAAAAUGGGAAUAAUACUAUUUUUUAUAUUAUCACAUUUCAGAACGUUCCACCCUCGGCAUUAUACACAUGCAAGAGUACAAGAAGUCGAAAGGAAACUGCACAAACGUCAGGACCUAA